AUGAGUCCCCUGGGACAGCCACCAUCUAACCAGGCUCUGCGUCCUUAUGGGUCCUGCUGGACCAUUGCUUCCGAGCAGGCCAUUGAUGUGAUUGCAGAGCACAGAUCCCACUCCUUGAAGCUGUUUUUGCCCUGGGUCAAUGGCUUCACUUUGUCUAUGUCUCUGUGGGAAACAGCAGAGAAAGAACUUCCAAGCCGCCUGACCUUGAAGACCCCAGUGGAGAUCCCAGCUCUUGGUCGACCCUUAUAUCUGGGGACACUGUAUGACUGUCGCUCAGAUACCUCCAUCCCUGGCAUCACUUUAUGGGACAAGGAGACCCUCGAAAGAAAUGUGACCACAGAAGGGCAGUGCAAGACUGACUUUGACAUCAUCACCUCUGACUCUAUUGAUGAGAAGACCAAUGCCAUGAAUAUCCCUGCAGAGCUGAAAGCAAGUGUCCUGGGGGGACUGGUUGAAAUAGGAGGUUCUGGCAAGUAUUUAAAUGACACCAAGACAUCCCAACAGCAAGCUCGGGUCACCCUCAAGUACAGUAUGACUACACGGUAUUCCCACCUCACGAUGAACCACCUGGGAUAUCAGAAUAUUGCUUACCAUGACGUGUUUGAUAAUGGAACAGCCACCCAUGUGGUCACUGCAGUGCUCUAUGGGGCCCAGGCUUUCUUUGUGUUUGAUCAGAAAGUUUCCAACAAUGAAAAUGUCAAGAAUAUAGAAGGAAGGUUGGAGGCUGAAAUAAAGAAGAUUCCCCUAAUGUCAGGAAAAGUAGGGGGAGAGGUGAAAAUAGAGGACAGUGUGAAAAAAUCAACCAAGGAAUUCAGGUGUAAGUUUUAUGGGGAUUUUGUCCUUGAGACCACUCCAGUGACUUAUGAAGAUGCAGUAAAAGUCUAUGCCUCCCUUCCUAAGCUGCUUAGGGGCCGUGGGGUGCCCCUCCAAGUCUGGUUGUACCCUCUGGAGAAUCUGAGCCCCAAGGCUGCCAAGCUGGCUCAAGGGAUUAGCAUUAGCUUGGUGUGGGAUACCCAAGACACUCUGGAGAAGUUAUCUGAGUGUGACAAGAGGUGUAAUGACAUGCUGGAGGCACCAGGAUUCUCAGUCUUUUCUACAAUGAGGGAAAAGGUAAGGCUAUUCCAGGAACUAAAUAGGCAGCACAGAAAGCUUUUACAGAAGGAAAUAGCCAAGGCUUUACCCCUGAUCCGAGCAGGCAGAGCAGAGGAAGAUGAGCUAACCAGGAUUUUAAUCAGGGAAAGCCAAUCCCCAUUCAGCACGAGGAGGCUCUCUGAGUUCCUGGAUCAGAAGCUGCAGGAGAUGAAGGUGGUCAAUUCCUACCUCACCAUUCUGAAGGAGGUGCUGGUCAUAACUGACCAGAACGAGGUGGACAAUGUGGUACUAGGCUUUACCCACAGAUUUGUCCUGGUGUUUGCAUUCACCUCCUUGCAGGAGGAACCCUACUUAGCAGAUUGGAAACAGUGGCUAUGGAAUCCAGAAUUAUUCAGUCCUGACUGUGAGCAAAAGACCUAUUCCUCCUGGGUCAAGGACCCAGAGACAAGAAGAAAAGCAAUACAAAUGGCUAAAUCCUUUUCAACAUUUGCCAAGGCCAAUCAUUCCACUGAGAAAACACAAUUCAUUGUGGCAUCUGUCCCAGAUGUGGAGAGCAAGGGGGUCUCUAUUUACCUCUAUGAAAAGGGACUGCUGGUCAGCACCAACUUUGAGCUACCAGUCAAACCUCCCCCUCCCCAGAUUGCUGGGGUCACACAUGACUGUGUAGACCUCACACUGAUCCCAGCAUCUGGGAAGAAAGAGAGGAUCACUGGCUAUCAGAUAGAGUACCAGGUUGUAGGGGAAGAGGACUGGACCACCAUCCCUGUGUCUGGAAAGCCAGAGGUAUUCAAAGUGAGUGGCCUUGAGCCUUGCACAGAGUAUGUGUUCAGGUUUGCUGAGGUGUGGGAGCUAGGGCUCAGUGAGAGCAGUGAUAUGAGCCUUGCUGUGAGGACACUUCCCCCAAGCUGCCCUCCUGGGAAGCCAGAAGCUGUUGUGGUAGGACCACAGUCUGUGACCCUGCACUGGGAAGGUCCAAGUGUUGUUGGAGCAGGAGUCAAGAUCAAAGAGUAUAGAAUAGGGUACAGAGAGGAGACUGAGGCUGAGGAGGAGGAGGAAGGAGAAUGGCAUGAACACAGCACAGGAAAUAACGAGAUGUACUGUGACAUUGAUGGACUGACACCCCAGACUGUGUACAGGUUCCGAGUUUCUGCUGUGUAUGAUGGAGGCUGGACCAGUGAGAGCAGUGACAAGAGUGGCCCAGUGAGGACCCUCUCUUACACAGAGGAAGCUACGACCUCUGCAUAA